AACCAUUCAUUUCAGGGAGGUGAAGUAGAAAUAUGGAAACUGAUACUGUCUUCCGUUGUGUUCAUGACUGGAACAAAGGAAUUGAUUCUUCAUGAUGAACUUUUGGCGUAAGGUGAAGUAUGUACUAUACUUUCAACUGAGACUGGAGAUUCCUCUGUUCUUACUGUUCUUGGAGAAAAGAGAGAACACGUUAAGAAAGCUUCAUAGUCAUGGCAGCUAGUGAAAGUGUCAUUUCCCAACUAACCAAAAAGCUUUCACCUUUCCUUCCAUCACUCCUAACUCACGUCCCUCGAAUCAGUCUCUUUUGGAAAUAUUUUAUGCAUUGUAAGUCAUCUUAAAUCCCAAUAUAUUGCAGUGCAAGAGGAACAGAGACUUGCUUAGGCCUUCCUGUGCUUCCUUCUUCAUCCUCUCUGCUUUAUCCUUCUGCGAAUCUUAAGCAUAUCUAUCUAUAACAAGUUCAGCGGCAGAAGGAAUGGGACGGCAUUCUUGCUGUCUCAGGCAGAAGCUAAGGAAAGGGUUGUGGUCUCCUGAAGAAGAUGAGAAGCUCUACAAUCACAUCAGUGCGUUUGGACUUGGAUGUUGGAGCUCUGUGCCAAAACUAGCAGGACUGCAGCGCUGUGGGAAGAGCUGUAGACUCAGGUGGAUCAAUUACCUGAGGCCAGACCUUAAAAGAGGCAGCUUCUCUCAGCAAGAAGAGGACGUGAUCAUAGGUCUACAUGGAAUUCUGGGCAACAGGUGGUCCAAAAUUGCAUCACAGUUACCGGGAAGAACAGACAACGAGAUCAAGAACUUCUGGAACUCAUGCCUCAAGAAGAAACUGCGACUGAGGGGAAUCGACCCAACCACCCAUAGGCCACUGAACGAGGUGAAAACACAAGAAGAGACGAUCAGAAUGUAUUACUCGAAUUCUGGUGCUAACUUUGAGCAGUUGCCGGAGCAUCCCUUCCCGCUGAUCGAAAUCCAGACAUGUUUGGAUUCAAUAGAGAGCAACGCGAACUUCUACUACCAAUUCCACCAGCCUUUUGAGCCGCUAAGCCAGAAUGAAUGCUUAGUCAAGCCAGAGUUAUGUGAUUAUGGCGGUGUCAUGGAUGUUCCAGAGAACUUUGGCUACGGGGAGAGCUCCAGCAACAGCGGCAACUGGAACUGCAACGUAGUACCUGAGAUAAAGCAUGUGUUUGGAAGUGAAGCAUUGAAUUGGGUAUCUGUGAGCAAGGCGGAAACACUUGUGGAGCCUCAUGAACACAAGCAUAGUUCUUGGCGAGAGUGUCAACAUGUAAUGAGCUCAGAAGAUUUCAGCACAGAACCAGUGGGUUCACUGCCUCGUGAUCUCUCAGAUAUCUGCUUCAAUGUCCCUCGAGAAGCAUCGGCAGGCGAAUUCAAUGUGGAAUUCAUCUAGAGUUUCUUCAAUGCACGUUACCUCUCUCUGUUCCUUACAUUUGAAUUCACCAUAGCUUGUCCUUCUGGUCUGUUUUUGGUCACAAUUUUCUCCUCCUUUUUGGUAUUUCGUUGUUAAUAAGGCUAAUAUAAUAAAGAAAGUUCUUCUUCUUCUUCUUCUUCUUCCUCUCAUUCCUUCACUCCAUUAAUGCUCAUUACCUUCCACUAGAAUCUCGUAGAGCUGGCAGUUGUAUCCUAGUAUUGUCACAGUCUCAAUAUAUCCAUCCAUCUCUCUCAUCAUCAUUAUGAGCAAAUGUCUCUGGUCUCAUGGAUCCCAUGUGCUUUGCGGCAAACAGAGAGAGUACCUCCAAAAGCACAAGUUGCUUCUCUGUCUGCAGCAACUGUUGAUACAUAUUUCAAAUCUAUAUUGAUGUCUGUAUCAAAUUCCAUCUGACGAGCUAUCAUGGCAAGAAGUUCGAUGCCAGCAAAAGAGAUUCUGAGCUAUCAGCGGAGUAGGGGGGCUCUAUGAAAUAUAUGCUCCUUCAAUGAUCUGGC